GGUUCCUUCUUUCGUCCUACCAUCAUGAGCUCCGUGCCCACAUCGCCGCUUUCAUUGACCCUCCCACAAGAGAUCAAGGAUAUCAUCAUACAGCAUCUCUCUGCAUAUCCAUCGACACUCGCAUCCUGCGCUCUUGCGCACCGAAGCCUUACCUCGACUUCUCAGACGUUGCUUUUCCGCGCUGUGCUCUUAUCCGGCGCCGAUCGUACCAAUGCCUUUCGCGAAUCUAUCACAUCGUCUCAUUACCUUGCUUCCCUUGUCACUCAGCUCGUGAUCGCCGAGCUCGAUAAACCCUGGGUUGCCGACGCUGUCCCACAGUUGCUCGCCGUGCUCGAGGCGCUGCCCAACCUUACCGCACUCGCCAUGCGAUGCGGUGCACCUGGGAGUCUUGAAUGGGCUGUGGGCCCUGACGCCGGCGAAGCCCCGGCUGAUACAUCAGUGCUCCUCGCGCAAUGCGCGAACAGACUGCGUGUGUUAGAGCUGGAUCUCUACUUCGACUUCUGGUCGACCUACAUUCGAUACUACUCUUUCCCCGCUCUUCACACCCUCAUCUUCAGUCAUGAAGUCUGGUACGAGAGCACCAUACAGGGCUGGCUGAUAGUGACGCCCACUAUCCGGCGUGUCGUCCUUUGGGUUAUGAAUGGCCCGAAGGCCUUGAGAGGGCUGCAGGUGACGGAGCAGGGCUUGGUGCAUGGCAAGCCGUACUGGACCGACGGAGAGGUUAUGGGCGGGGAUUGGUGGCUGGGGGCAGAGACAAUGGAGGAGGGAAGGAACUUGGAAAGGAUCGAGAUGGUGGUUUAUCAGGAGGAGGAGUCGGGCGACGGAGCUCGGGACGACGUGAAAACAGAUCCUCUGGGUGUAUACAAGUGCAAGGAUGGAAGGAAGGUAGAGGUCGUCAUUGUAAGGAUCCCCAAGAUGGAAAACCGAAGGCUGAAUACGGCGUCUCCUGACGGCGGCUUUGGUGCUGAACCACCGCAGGCGGUACAGGAUGCUGGACACCCUCCAGCGCCGAUGCGAUGCCAUCCUCCGUCCGAGGAGGUGGAGCUCGCCUUCCUUAGUAAGGAUUGCUUGAAUGAUGUUCCUGACGAGUUGAAGGGCCUUUCGGUGCUAUCUUCGGAGGGAAAUUACCUCGUUGUUGGACCGCCAGAUGUUGCAGACGCAUAUGGAGACCACUCCGUACCAUUGCAAGUGGUCAUCGCACGGCACAGACGCAAGAAUGCCACACUCUCCCCCCAUCCGUGCUUCAUCCAUCGGUUGCCGACGGAAGUUCUGUGCGCCAUCUUCCUGAUGUGCGGCGACCAGAAUAAGGUCUUCGAUUAUACGCGGGACGAGCGUAUGGACUCGGUUAGCGUUCACGCGGAAACCUCUUUCUACAUCCGGUCGACAGUGGCCAUUGGGGGCGUCUGCUGGCGCUGGUACACGGUAACGCGCGGAUGCCCUCAACUCUGGACCUUGGUCGACGUCCCCUUGCCUCAGCCUCGCGAUGUGGCCACCUUGCGGCUCAGUCUCAAAUACUCUAAAGGCCUACCGCUGACGCUUCGUAUCAACGACCUCCAUUACUCCCCCAAAAGCAACGUCAUUGCUUGCCAGAAGUUCAUGACUCUCGUCGCCAAUUCGUCUCGUCGUUGGGAGGAGAUAUCCAUCAUUUUAAGGCAAAAAUCUCCGACCCCUGACGAACUGGUCUCGCCACUACAGCAGUUACCUCAAAACGCCUUCGAACUCCUGAAAAAGGCCAUGCUGCGCUUAUUCGAAGAUGAUCAUGAGGGCACGAUCUCUUCGCGCGUUUGGCAGAAGUUCUAUACCUCGCCUGCACUCCACGCGGCAAAAUGGUUCUAUGUACCAGUCGACGCCCCUGCAUCCAUUCUUCGCCGUCUAACUCACGUUGGAGUCGAAGUCAUCCUACCCGAGGAAAUUAUGGAACUCCUUCGAGCGUGCCCUCUGCUCCAGGCUUUGCAGGCUGUGGUCGUUCCACCCGAGGACCUCUUCCCCGGGAGGGACGAUGGAUACUUAUUCCCAAUUCUGCCAACGCCUAUACACCUACCAUACCUUCGCGCUCUCACACUGCGCGGUAUGUAUGACUGGUCGCACUUCUUCGACGGCAUUAAGGCCCCUCGUAUCAGACGCAUAGAACUGGUCAUCGCAGGUGUCCAGGCCACCCCCAUAUGUGCGAUGUUGAGUCGCUCGUCGGCAUCUCUAGACAUGCUCGCCCUCCGCUGGGUAUUUCCUGGCUGUGACGGCGAGAUAGCGACACUGCUGCGAAGCCCACAAUUGAGACAGCUGAAGAUAUUUCGCUACGAAGGUUAUAAAGGACCGGAGCGUGAACCUGAUCGCUUUGACCCUUCGCCAUAUCUACCACCUAAUCUUGUUACAUUCACUAAGAUAUACGAGGUAGCGGAAAAAGCGUAUUGUGCAUUGGGGAUGUAAUCGCCCAGAUGGAACCGUACUUGAUGAAUCGUCAUAUAUCAUCGUAUACGCACAGAGACUUGUUACUGAGUAGCUAGAGUCCAGCUAGCGUGGUGAGCGAACAAAUUCUGUACUUGAGACGAC